UUCCGAGGAGCCCUGAAUGUAGCACGCGGUUUGACAGCUAGACAGCCAAACAUGGCGACUGCUAGCUAAAGCAGCCAGUCACCACCUUCGUCUUUUAUUGCCAUUGUCAGCGCACAGCAAACAGCCAGAGCCGGUAAAUGUUCACGGACGGAGACUGUGAAUGACUGUCCACCUUUGAGGCCUUUGCUCUUUUUAUUCCGUCGUUAUCCGGUAUGUGAAGGCGCUUUGUGAGCCACGCUAGACGGCGGACAACAGCGGAGUGAGGGCGGACUGUUGGUGCCUGGCUUCUUCACCUGUCUGUUGAUAUGUUUCACAGGUAAUCUCAGGCCUUUCUGUGAACCAGGCCCUCACUCCUUCCUCAUCCCCGCCCCCUGCUGAUGAUGUCAUCAUCACCAGCAAAGCACUCCUCCACCUCCCUAUCCCCUGGUUCCCGGGUACCACCCACGACGGACCUUGACUCCCUGUCCCUGUCCUCCCUGUCUGGAGAUUUCGAUGAUGAUGGAGAUGGGGGAAGAGGAGGAGGGGAGGAGGAAGGGAUGGGAGACCUAGAAGUGAACCCGUAUGAUGGUUUGCCCUUCUCUUCGCGCUACUACUCCUUGCUGGAAGACAGGCAGAAGUUGCCUGUGUGGAGGCUCAGGCAGAGUCUCCUGGAGCACCUGGAGAGCCACAACAUGGUGCUGCUCAGCGCACCCAGUGGAGCUGGAAAGAGCACCCAGGUGUCACAGUGGUGUGUAGAGUAUGCUUUGUCCUAUGAGUUCUCUCAGGGCCUGGUGUGCUGCUCACAGCCCUACUCCGUGGCAGCAGUGAGUCUAGCCAUUCGUGUGGCAGAUGAGAUGGACCUCAGCCUGGGUAUGGAGGUGGGCUACAGGGUGUCUCAUGAUGACAGCUGUACACCCGACACCCUGCUCAGGUUUGUCGGUGACACUCUCUUGCUGGAGGAGAUGAUGUCAGACCCUCUGCUGCAUCAGUAUGGUGUUGUGGUGUUGGACGAGCUCCAAGAGCGUACCGUGCCCACCGAUGUGAUGUUGGGACUGCUGUGUGACGUCUGCCGGCAGAGGCCAGAUAAUUUCCGAGUGGUUCUCCUCACUCACCCGACGCUGGCACCUCGCCUCUCCGCCUUCCUGGGACCAUCAGUCCCUCACCUCUCUCUGGACAGCCUGCUCUCUGACCCCCCAACCAGAGACCAGGAGGAUGAACACGAGGUGGAGGAGGACAGGAAGCCUCUUGCUAUAAACAGGGUGGAGACAUUGUACCGGGAGCUCUCAUCUGGGAAGGAACCAGUGGCUGCUGCCUCUCAUAUGGUGCUGGAUCUACACAGAAGAGGAGAGGAAGGAGACAUUAUGGUGUUUCUGGCCAGUGCACAGGAGACAGAAGAGUGUGUGGCACUGCUAGAGAAGGAGUGUGUAGCUCUGAGUCCUCAACUUGGUCCUCUCAGGAUCCUCCCCCUCCAUGCUGGACUGGAUGGGCAGACCCAGCGGGUCUAUGAAUCUGAUCCCGAAGCUUCUGCACUGAGGAAGAGCGACGGCUCCGAGGGUGUAGACAGCUCGGUGCUGGGAGCCGGAGGUGCAGGGGUCAAAAGGAAGGUUAUAAUCACAGAUAGCCUUGCUGAGGCUUCCUUCUCCCUGCCAGCUGUGCGAUAUGUCAUAGACACAGGCCGUCAACUCAAAACUGUUUACAACCCACAAAUAAGAGCAAACUCACAGGUGCUGAGCACAAUCAGCAAACACCAGGCUGACAUGCGAACCCAAAGGGUGAACAGCCAUCUUCCAGGGCUUUGUCUCCGUCUUUACCCCCAGUCUCUAUAUGAGGAGGGGAUGGAGGAGGCUCAUUGUCCCGGGGUGGUGGAGGAAAACCUCAGCCACCUAGUGCUGCUGCUCAAGAGGCUCGAUAUUGCUGACAUGGGACAGUGCAAGUUCCUGGACAGACCGGCCCCUGAGGCUCUAAUGCAGGCCCUGGAGGACCUGGACUACCUUGCAGCACUGGAUGAUGAUGGGAAUCUGUCAGAGGUGGGCAUCAUAAUGUCAGAGCUGCCACUGGAGCCAUCGCUGGCUAAAGCUCUGAUUGCUGCCUGCGAGUACGACUGUGUGGAUGAGCUGCUCACCAUAGCUGCAAUGCUCACAGCUCCUUCCUGCUUUGUGACAGCAGAGGCUGGCAGAGAGGAGGCUGCUGUCACACACUGGAGACCUCUAAUGCACACAGAGGGCGAUCACAUGACUCUCAUUAAUAUUUAUAACGCCUUCAUAGAGCAUAAUCAGGAUGAGGCAUGGUGUGUAACAAACUUCCUCAGUCACGCGUCCUUACGAUUGGCUGUGGUGAUCAGGGCAGAGCUGCUGGAGGUUAUGCAGCGAAUAGAGCUUCCUGUUUCUCCUCCUGCCUUUGGAUGUCAAGACAACUGCACGAACAUCAAGCGUGCGCUCAUCUCAGGCUUCUUCCUCAAAGUGGCUCAUGACGUGGAUGGCUCAGGCAACUAUCUCCUGCUAACUCACCGUCAUGUGGCUCACUUGCACCCCUUCUCCUCCUACCUGUGCCGCCAGCCGUGCCCCGACCCGCCCAGCUGGGUCCUCUACCACGAAUUUACAAUCUCCCGUGAUAACUGCAUCCGCAUCGCUUCUGAAGUCCACCCACAGAUGCUCGUGGAGCUGGCCCCUCAGUACUACCUGGGAAACCUGCCGUCAAGUGAUGGCAAAGAGCUGCUGAUGGAACUGAGGCAGAAUCUGGAGCCCCAUUCAUCCGAACAGGACGGAGUUUCAGACGAGCACGGCAGGACUCACAGAGACACUGAGGGGAUGGGAGAGACUCACAACCAGUCCAGCACUGAGCUCUGUGUUGUCCAAUGAGAGGAGGAAGCGACGGAGCAUCUCAGGAGAAGACACUAAACACACAGCUGUCACUUUAUGUCUUGAUCUGAAAUUGUGAGUUAGUCUAUGAAAUCUCAUCUGAGGUUUUUCGAUGUGUGAUUCCAAAUGGACUUUUGCCUGAAAACGCUAAUGUACAGUAAUGUUAACGUAUCUUAUAUGCAGUGGCUUUGAAAAAUAUUCAAACCUCUUUAAUUUUCUCCCUGUUGUGCUUUGUAUUGACUUAAUUUAAAAUGUUAUUUAGAUUAUUUUCUUUAUUUAAUGAGGGAUUUCUGUGUUUCUGUUUCAAUAACUCUAAGUACAUGUAUUAUGACAUAUAUUAUGUGUACAAUGUUGGCACAAUGCCACAUCCAUUUUAAAUUGUAGCACAACAAAAAACAGGAAUAAGUGACAUGGAUAGAAUACUUGAUCAAAGUGUCAAGUUUUUGCUUAGAUUUCUAAAAGCAAUAAGCACUAUUUCAGUGAGCAUAGACUGCUAUUGGAUGACCUUUGACCUCUAUGCAGAUGCCCAGGAACAGAUGCUGUUCAGGCUCUCAGGGCUCACUGUGAUCUAUGAUGAGAUACUAUAGCAGCGAUGCACAGAGCUUCUAUUUUCAACUUUUUGAUACCGUUUGUAUGAUGCGUAGGUUUCCUGCUUUCUGCCUUCUUCUCUCCAACUUUGUAUCAAUAAUGGAAAAAUCUGUAUAAAUUGUAUUCUUAUUGUCCUAUUUGAUAGGAUAUGUCCGUCUAUACAGUACUUCAAUACUUCAAAUUAAAGUGUGAUUUUUAAUGUC